CUUUCUCCUAAUUGCGCAAUAUCCGCAAGCGGUGCAGUCUGGGGUUCUGCUGCACAACACAGGGCUGGCGCAACUGGCUAGCUAGCUGACCACUUGAAAUGGAUGUUUUCUUAAUGAUCCGGCGUCACAAGACCACAAUCUUUACAGAUGCCAAGGAGUCUACUACUGUCUAUGAACUGAAGCGUAUAGUAGAAGGGAUCCUUAAAAGACCACCUGAAGACCAGCGUCUCUACAAAGAUGACCAGUUGCUAGAGGACAGCAAAACUCUAGGUGACUGUGGAUUCACUAACCAGACUGCCAGACCUCAGGCUCCAGCUACUGUUGGUCUGGCUUUCCGAAUCAAUGAUGAGAUGUUUGAGCAGCUGCACAUCGAGGCCUUCUCCAGCCCCCCUGAACUCCCUGAUGUGAUGAAGCCUCAGGACUCUGGUAGCACUGCUAACGAACAGGCAGUGCAGUGAUAGCAGGGAGAGGGAGGGAUGGAAGUGGGUGUGUUUGUGGAUUAACUGCAGUGGAGAAGUAGCGGCGUGGAUAUGUAAUUUAAAUUCAGUUGAUAGAUGGGGACAUUAUGGGUAACCGAGCCUAUCCAUUUUACCAUCAUGCUAUCGUCCCAGAACACCCCCUCUCCCAACAACCACAAAAGUAUGCUUCACAAGUAUUUCUUCUGUAACUCAUUUUGAUUUCCACAUCACAUUCAGUUCUGCUCCUUGACUUUGAUCCUACGCAACAAGUUGCUCAAAUAUUUGAGUGAAGAAUUUGGUAAUUUGGAAAGAAUGAUUGAGUGUGUGUGCGCGUGUGACUUAAUUAUUACCAUUAAUAUUUUGGAAAAGGUGAAGGCGUAGUUGUGUGUCACAGUGCUAUAGAAGUAACAUGCAUGGAUAAUGAGUCCGGUGUCUGAAUCUGCAAACUGCAUGAACAGAUCAAAACAAAAAGGCUUUAUUUUCAGAUACAGAUGAACUUUUGACUGAUGUCUUCUUGGUCCCAUGCUCCUAGUUUUGUUGUACAUUUGAUUUCAUAGCUAGAAAAAAACGUCCUUAUAAUAAUAAUUAUGUUAAAGGUUUUAUUGUUGUCAUUUUAUGUCUACAGUAUGUUUUACUUGUCAGUUCUUUGUAGUAUGUUUCAUGCACUGAGACCAAAGGCAGGUACCUCUUGGACAACAGAGGAGUGUUUGGUUGGACAUUUUGUCUGUGACAUAGAAAUACACAAGAGGAGAGUUUUCUGUUUCCAUUAAAAAAUGCAUUGAUCACCACAGCACCAACAUCAAUUUGGCACCUUCCCUUAAUCACACAAACAUAGCCUGUAACUGUGAGCUUGCUUAAUUAAAGGUUUUUCCUGUUUUGUUUUUUUACA